ACAGAUACAAAGAGAAAGAGAGAGAAAUACAGGGGUGUUGCGGUUGUGGUUGGGGUUGGGUUGACAGAGAGAAGAAAAGAACCUCUUUCUUACAGAGACAGAGAAAAAGGUGUUUGGUUUGGUUCAUUCCAUAAAUCGAUCUGUUCGUCGCUUUUCUGUUGUUGCCAUCUUCGCCCUUUUUCGCAUUUUUCUUCAAAUCGGAGAUCAGAAGACGGAGUUUGAAUCCUUAUUUGGAUUAUUGAAUUCAAAAGAUUGGGUGUUCAAUUUGGAUUUGUCAAUCAAGAACAAGGGCUAUCUAUGGAUUUGGAUAAUAUAGAGUGCGUGUCUUCUUCGGAUGGAAUGGAAGACGAAGAGAUCCACACCCACCAGUUCUCUUCAAAACCUCACAAUAAUAAUAAUAACAUCGGAAUACUACCCUCUGGAUUGACUCCCGCUACAAGCGUUCAUGAAUUGUUGGAGUGCCCUGUUUGUACUAAUUCUAUGUACCCUCCAAUUCACCAGUGUCACAAUGGACACACAUUAUGCUCGACCUGUAAAACAAGGGUACACAACAGAUGUCCUACAUGUAGACAAGAACUGGGUGAUAUCAGAUGCUUAGCUUUGGAAAAAGUUGCAGAAUCACUGGAACUUCCCUGCAGAUAUUUUUCAUUGGGAUGCCCAGAAAUCUUCCCAUAUUACAGCAAACUAAAGCAUGAAGCUUUAUGCAACUUCAGACCCUACAACUGCCCAUACGCCGGAUCUGAAUGUUCAGUCACCGGAGACAUUCCUUUUCUGGUUACCCAUCUCAGAGACGACCACAAAGUCGACAUGCACACAGGCUGUACUUUUAACCACCGUUAUGUCAAAUCCAACCCCCGUGAAGUUGAAAACGCUACCUGGAUGCUAACAGUGUUCCAUUGUUUUGGGCAGUACUUCUGUCUUCACUUUGAGGCGUUUCAGCUAGGGAUGGCACCUGUUUACAUGGCGUUUCUUCGAUUCAUGGGGGAUGAAGCAGAUGCAAGGAAUUACAGCUACAGUUUAGAGGUCGGAGCCAACGGGAGGAAACUGAUUUGGGAAGGAACACCGAGGAGUAUCAGAGAUAGCCAUAGGAAGGUAAGGGAUAGUCAUGAUGGGUUGAUUAUACAGAGAAACAUGGCGCUCUUCUUCUCCGGUGGUGACAGGAAAGAACUCAAACUUAGGGUUACAGGGAAGAUAUGGAAAGAACAACAGAAUCUGGAAACUGGGGUUUGUAUUCCUAAUCUAUGUAGCUGAGAUUUAGGGUUUAAUCUCCUUUUCUUUUCUUCCUUUCAAUGUGUUUGAUGAAUGAAUGAAUGAUUCAGGUUUCUUGUGUACGUAAAGAUUCAGGUUGUUAUAGCUAUUCUAUUUCUUCA